CGAAUGAACACUUUACUUUAACUACAUGGCUUUUCCGGUCUGUUGCGCAUGUCUGCGGAAUGUUUGGGUUUUUAGAAAAAAGGCAAACCACCCAAAGUUGAUUUUCUUAUUCUACAAAUAAUUCUUGAGGCUUAAAUGCCGAGGAUUUAUCUUUGAAGAUUUAACCUAACAUCCCUGGUAGAGCAUCAUGGGAGAUGUAGAUAUGAUUCCCGUCAGAGAUCCAGGUGGAGGAAGGCAUGAUGCAGGAGCAGAACAGCAAAGAAGAAUGGUUGCAAAAUGGGACCGGGAUACCCUGGAAGACAAAUAUCUUCGUAUUUAUGAAGAAAACUUGAUAUUGAAGAAACAUGCACGUAAACAGGAAGACAAAAUUAAAAAAAUGGCCACUAAAUUGCUACGAUUGGUCAAUGACAAGAAGAAGGAUAUAGACAGGGAGCAUGUUGGAGGUAAAACAUCAGGAAUGAAUAUAGAAGUAGCAGAAAAGAUGGAAGAAUUCAAAGAAAGAAUCAUGAAAUUAGAAAAACAGAAUCAUCAACUGAAUGAAAAAUUAAUGUUGGCAAAACAACAAUUAUCAGCAGCCAGUAAGAGACCUUCACAUUAUACACAUGUAGGAUCUAGAAUCAAUACAGGUAUAGCUAAGACACAGCAUGCACCACCAGAAGACACAAGAAUUGCCAAGAACAGAAGAGUUAUUGGUCCUUAUGAAACUGCCCCUCACAGGAAGACUGUUUCUAGUCCCACAUUCCAGAAAUAUGGACAUAAUCAGUUGGAUAACCUCAGACUAGAUAACCGUCAGAAAGAUGAUAUCAUAGCUCAACUACAAGAACAGAAUGAAAUAUGUGAACAAGAAUUGGAGGAAUUCAAACAGCGGAUGAAGUUACAAGAGGCAGGCUAUGAAGAGGAUCUUGUCAAGAUUAAACAACAAAUAACAGCAGAGCAUAGAUUCACAGUUCAGGAGAAUAUAGAUAUGAUUAAGGUGCAGAGAGAAGUUAAAGAAAAGUCUACUAGGUUGAUGGAACUGAAUGAAAAAUAUGCUCUCCUGGAAUCAAACAUGUCAACAGUAAAACAUGGCCAUGACAGCAUGUUAAUGGAGAUGGAAAGAUUAAACAUGCAGCUGAAGGAAGAACAAAAUAGAGUAUUGACCUUACAGAAUGAACUGAAGUUUGGUACAGCUAAUAACCGAAAACUAAUAGAGCUUCAAGAACAGACUUCAUGCUUAGAAAAGGAGAACCAGAUAUUAAAGGAAGCUAAUGAGAAAUUUGUGAACAGUGCUUUUGAUUUGGAGAGAGAAAGAGAAUGGAGACAGAGAGAAAAUGCAUUAAAAGUACAGAUAGCUCAACUAGAGGCCACACUAAAGGCUGAUCUGGGAGAAAAGGGUGGCAUCCUAGAUAAACUUGCCAGAGAAUCGGAUCAGUUUGAGAAGUUACAACAAGAUUACAGGUCCAUGCAGGUAGAACAUUACCAGUUAAAAGAGGAAUAUGAUGAUCUCAAGGAGAAGAUGAGAUUCUUUACUAAGGAGAGUGCCAUAGAUUUUAGUGAAAUUGAAGAAGCUUUGGUGCUAGUUAAACAGAAGAAACAGAAAGCUAUUCCAGAUCCUGACUUCCUACAGAAAGUGGAUGUUGAAGUCUCCAAAGAUGAGCAUAAACAGUUGUUAGAAAUACAGGCAGAGUAUGCUGAGACUGUCCAUGAGUUAGAAAAGACAAGGAAUCUAUUGGUCAUACAACAUAAGAUCAACAAAGACUAUCAACAUGAGGUUGAAAUAAGCAGCACCAAGAUUGAUGAAAUAAAGAAAGAAUAUGAGACUAAGUUAGAUGAAUAUGCCAGACUAUUGGACAUUAGAGCUGCCAGAAUUAAGAAAUUAGAAAGUCAAAUGAGAGAUGUGGCUUAUGGUACCAAGCAGUUUAAGAUUACAGCACCUACUGAUGAGUUGGAAGAGCCAACUCUAGAUUUUGAUGAAACUAUUCACCUGGAAAGAGGACAGAAUCUGUUUGAGAUACAUAUACAGAAGAUAAGCCUAUCAGAUGAUGGAUUGAAGAUUCUGGGAGAUGAUGAACCAUUAUUGUUUUGUACCUGGGAAUUCUUUGAAUAUGAGAUUCAGUCCACCCCUGUUCUUAGAGGAGCAAGACCAGAAUUUGAUUUCACAUCACAGUACAUUGUCAAAGUGGAUGACUUUUUCUUACAUUACUUGCAAAAGGAAUCUUGUACCAUGGAACUCCAUCAAUCAUUUGGACAGGAUUACAAAACAGUGGCUGCUUGCCAGAUGGUAUUUAAAGAUAUAUUUGAUAAACCACAUGGUAGAAUCCAUGGAACUGCUACACUCAUAGGUGUAGAUUCUACAGGAUCAGGUAUUAGUUUGGGUAUGGUAGAAUACUGGAUUAGGUUACGAGUACCAAUGGAACAGGCCCUCAGACUCUACAAGGAGAGAACGAAAGCUCUUGGUUACAUAACAACAAACAAGAGAGCUGCUGAGAUUGCUAUUGAGGCUACAGAUGAGGUGGCCAUGAAACGCCAACAGAUAGAUAACAUUAACCAGAUGCAUAUCAAAAUUAUACGCUGUAAUGGACUUCAGUCUAGGAGGAAAGGUGUGCAGCCAUCACCAUAUUGUGUGUACCAGUUUUAUGACAACAAUGAUCAUGAUACACCUAUCAUACAUGCUAGUAACAACCCAGAAUUCAACGAUCAUAAAACAUAUCCUGUGGCCAUGACAUCGGACCUUGAUCAGUACAUGAAAACUAAGCAACUGACGAUAUUUGUGUUUGAUGAUACAGACCCAGAACAGGCAUCCUAUCUUGGCUUUGCUGAGAUACCUUUGUUACCUCUGUGUCACAACAAAGGUGUAAAGGGGGUGUUUGAACUGAAGGGUCCCAGAGGUACUGUCAAUGGUACUAUGGAGGUUGAUGUCAGAUUCCAAGAGGCUUAUCUACUUCCUAAAGGUGGUCUUCCUCAGAAAGAGGAGCCAAUUGCCACAGUAAAGGUAGUUGACACACCAUUAGAUGAGACACUCCGACCUCCAUCUACUCCAAAGGAAAGGAGUAAGAUAGCAGCAAGAUUCCCUCCCCCAUCUCAUACCUCCACACCUAUGACAGGACAGGAAGAUCAUCAUGAAGGGGUAGCAGCUCUGUCUGACAUGAUGGCCACACCCAUUACACCAGCAGCUAAACCAAGGAAAAAGGUUUCUAGACGUUUAGAGGACUCAGCAGAACAACCCACUGUUAAUGCUGCUGUAGCAGACGCUGUCUCAAGUAUGCUACCAAGCAUGUCUGAUACUAUCCAAUCAGAAACAUUACCAGCACCAGAUGAUAGUCCACGUCCUUCAACAAGAUCAGGGUCACGAAGAACAUCAGAAGAACAAGUUGAAGAAGUUUACACCCCUCGUAGUUCUAAAUCAGGAACUCCACGAAGUAAAAAAUCAACAAGUCCACCACACACACCUGUGCAUGUCUCUGAGCCACAUACACCUGAACGAGUUUCUGAGCCACGUACACCUGAAUCAGGUGAAAAAACAACUUCAACUUCAAAGGGAGAUAAUUUACCAGGUACAACAAGGGGAACUAAACCUGUUCCUAAAUCCAGGAAGAGAUUAGAUGAAGGCAAGGGCACACUCACUUCAAUGGAAGGAACAAAGAUGUCUGACACCAUGUUUGCUGACCCAGAUGAAGAUGAGAUCACAGAGGAAAUAUCAGAAGAUAUCACACCAAUAGCCACGCCCUCUGAUGGAGGAACCCUUAGAUCUCUACCUCCACCCAUAGAAGAAGAGUCAGAAUCAGACAGACCACCUGUUGAGUCUGAUAGUGAGGGAGUUAUGGUCGUAGCUUCUCCCACUGCAAAGAAAAAAUAUAAAGAAAGUAAUAAACCAAGUAAUCUUGUAACAGUGACCAUAACCCACUUAGUGCUAUCUACCGGUGCAUCUGUACUUGAUAAUGAGAGUAUACGUCAGCUGUUUGUGUCGUACAACUUCCUCGGCAUCAAGGCUGAUGAACUAGAAACUCCAUUUUCUCUUCCUAAGCCAAAGGCAGAACAACAGAUCAAUUUUAACUUCAGCAAAACUUUCCAUGUUGACAUGGCUAAAAAUUACCCUAAGAGACAAUACCUGGCUGGAAUGUUGUUACCUGAUGACCCUGAUGGUGGCAGAAUUCGUUUCACAGUUGUUAGUGAGCCCCCAGAUGAUGAUGACGAGGGAGAAUGUGAAGAUAUUGGUAUUGCAUUUGUCAGUGUCAGAGAUAUACUCAUUAACCAUAAAGAUGUCAUAGACCAUGAUAUUCCAAUAUUUGAUGCUAACAAUGAAAAGGAGGAAAUAGGAUCAUUAAAUGUAACAGUCCAAUGCCUGUCAGCAUUAGACGCUGUAGAGAAAGAGAUGCAGAUCGAUGGCACAUUCUAAAAAUAGAACAAUUGGGGAAAACCAAAAAACAGACAAUGUGAUAUGUGAAAAAUCAGAGUAUCAAAAAGACAACUUGGUUGUGUGCAUACCUUACUAGUACUUUUGAACAGAAGGAAAUUUGGUGUUGAUUGUUUAACUUAUCUCCUGAUGAUAUUUUAGUGAAGAGAAAUGUAUGGAUUAAAUUUAGAGUAAAAGAGUUUAUUUUUGCAAAUCAAAGGUAGUAUUGUGCUACAACUGUCAAGUGAAAAGCAUCUCAUGAAUAUGUAUAUACAUGUAUUAGCUAUUAUUUAUUAUGUGAAUUAGAAAUUAAUAUUCAUAUUGCAUUUACAGCAAUUUGCCAAACUGUGAUAUCGUUGUUUAUUGUUGUAUGUUUUAGUUGUAUUAGUCAUAUUAUGAAAUUUAUAUAAAUUCAAAUUAGAAUACAGCUAUGUACCCAUAUAGAAUAUGUAUAGGUUGUUAAUAGUGUCAGAAAGGCUUUUUGUAUUCUUAGUUGAAAUAAGUUUACUGAAUAGAAAACAAAUAGAAAAUGUCCAGUUGAAUUUCUCAAGGUUAUUCUAGAUCUGUUUAAAGACAUAUUUUCAAUUUAUUCAACCAUUUUGUUACCACUUAUUUCAGUGUUUAAGGUCAUAUCUUUUUCAAAAAUAAAUCUAAAUGUGAAGCUUAAAUUUCAAUUAAUUUAUUAAUAGAAGAUUAAAUUUAGGGUAUUUGUAGACAUAAAUCUCCGUCCAAGUAACUAGAAACUAUUUUUUAGUAUAAAUAUUUUUUUAAAGUUUUAUAUUUUUACUUGAAUAUUAUUUUAAUAAAUGAUACUGAAAUCAUAUUUUAUAUAAAUUGUAUUUUUAAAUGAUUCAAAAGAAGUUUUUAUCACUAUGCCCACUUUAAAAUUUAAUAUUAAAUGUAUCAGGGGAAAAUUAGGUGAUAUUCAAAAUUGAACAUAUCAGUAAAAUAUGUAGUGAGGAAAAAUCAAACUUUUUUUAUUGUGAAAAUUGUUUGAUUAUGAGAAACUAGAUCAUUUAUCAGCCCAACUAAAUUUUAUCAACCAGAAAUGUUUCUGUUGUGAAAAAAAAUACAUGUACAACUUUGUCAUUUGGUUAAGAAAAAGAAUAUUUUAAUUACAAGAUCUAUGUGAUUUGUGAGGCAUAAAUAAAAAUAUAAAAGGAAAA